AUGCCUUGCUUCCCCCUAAAGGGGGGCCUAAACAGGCAAUACAAAAUACUGUACAUCAUCGGCCAGGGUGGAUUUGGCUCUGUAAAACUGGCCCUUCAUCGCCUCACAGGCAUGCCUGUCGCAAUUAAAGUUGUAGAAAAUCUGAAGAAACACCUGCACUUCAUUAUAUCAGAGAUAGAAGUACUGGAAACCGUGCAACAUCCACACAUCAUUCGUCUCUUCCAGGUUUUAAUGACAACAAAAUACUACUAUAUAAUUACUGAAUAUGCGCCGGGAGGCAAUCUGUACCAACUGGUUAAAGAAGAAGGCAGGCUGCAGGAGGAACAGGUGCAGAUAAUAUUUGGGCAGCUAGCGUCAGCCAUAAAGUGCUGCCAUGACCAUGACAUCGUCCACCGAGACCUGAAGCCCCCAAACAUCCUGCUAGAUGCACAUGGAAAUGUGAAGCUGGGAGACUUUGGCCUUGCGACCAGGUGCGGAGCUGGCACCGUGCUGCAUGGGCGCUGUGGGACCAAAAGCUACAAUGCCCCAGAAAUGGUUCUGAGGGAGGGCUACGAUGGGAGGAAGGCAGACGUGUGGAGUCUGGGUGUGUUGCUCUACUUUAUCACCACUGGGCACCACCCCUUCAGAGGAAGCACCCUGGAAGAGACCGAGAAAAACAUCACUAUUGGUAUGUAUGACAUCCCAGCUCACAUCUCUGGGCAACUUGAAGAUCUCAUUCACCAAAUUUUAAAAGUUGCCCCGGAGAGGAGGCCCUCCAUUGAAGACAUUCAAUAUCAUCCAUGGGUCAAGAACCCUAAAGAAAACAUCUCUAGAGACCCCUACCCAGAUCCUAAAAUUGUUGACAAGCUGUUUGGCUAUGGGUUUGCCGCCAGCGAGAUCUUUGACUCACUGCAGAAGCGGAAAUACGAUGAGAUAAUGGGGACAUACCUGUUACUACAAGAACAGGAACACCAGGGGCUUGACUCCACCCCCUCGGUCACUACGGCGGACCCUGGCCCUGCACCUCCAACAUCUCGGGUACCUCCUUUAACAUCUGGUCGUUACCAGAAAAGAAGAGCCAGUGAGCCCACCUUUGGCCUUUUCCACACCAAGCCUUCACAACAGCACCUGCCUGAUGUCCUGACACUACCAGGGCAGAAGAUGACCAGAAGUGCCUCCAUGCCUCUGUGCUGUCCCCAGAAGAAAAGCCCCACUUCGAGCCAUGCCCCACCGACCAAGGCUGCAUCUGCCCCAUGCGUCUGCAGCAGCAGGUUAGAAGGAAUGCUCCUGCCACCUGAACCUGACUCUGACAUGGAAAAAUCAAGCCUCCCUCAGAACACGGGGUGCUUCAGGGGACUGUGCAGGAGAAUCAGGGCUUGCCUGUCAAGAUUGUGUUGCUUCCCGAGGGCUCCAAAUCCACAAACCCAGCGUGUAUUCAGCAACGAAGUGGCUCCUCUGAAAGAGUCAUGA